GCAUUGUUGAGUUUUGAAUUAGGCCAGAGAUGGAUCAGUUAUCAGCGAUCAGCGAGGAGCUGGCGGAGAUCGACGGACACAUCGCCGACAACUUCCGCGUUUUAUCAAAUGGAUUUCAGAAGCUCGAGAAGAUUAAGGAUUCAAGUAGGCAGAGCAGGCAGUUGGAAGAGCUCACAGAGAAAAUGCGAGACUCUAAACGGCUUAUAAAAGAGUUCGAUAAAGAAGUCAAAGCUUUGGAAGGUAGCUUCGAUAGAGAAACCAACAAAAUGUUGAAUGAGAAAAAGCAGUCAAUGAUUAAAGAGUUAAAUUCAUAUGUUGCUUUGAAAAAGCAAUAUGCUACAAAUAUUGAGAAUAAGCGAAUUGAGCUCUUUGAGGGGCCCAAUGAAGGUUAUGCAGAAGAAAAUGUAUUGCUAGCUUCCUCAAUGACAAAUGAACAGCUUAUUGGUCGUGGGAAUCAGAUGAUGGAUGAGACUGAUCAAGCCAUCGAGAGAGGAAAAAAGGUUGUUCAAGAAACGAUAAAUGUUGGUACAGAGACUGCUGCAGCUCUUAAGGCUCAGACAGAACAAAUGAGCAGAGUUGUCAAUGAGCUGGAUUCUAUCCAUUUCUCUAUAAAGAAAGCCUCUCAAUUGGUCAAGGAAAUCGGUAGGCAGGUUGCUACUGACAAGUGUAUCAUGGCAUUACUUUUCCUUAUUGUCAUUGGAGUGAUUGCUAUCAUUAUUGUAAAGCUUGUGCACCCAAACAACAAGGACAUUCGCGACAUUCCAGGAUUAGCUCCUCCUGUGAUGAACCGAAAGCUGCUUUGGAGUCACAGUUGAAGAAUUGAAAUGAACAUUGUGAUGAGCUUUGGGCACACACAGGAUUAAAAUGAACAUUGUGAUGACUGAUGAGCUCAUCAAAAUGAUUUCAUGUUUUUGGUUUGAUGGUGAUGAGUGAUGAUGACAUUGGCUGCAGCUGUUGCUAGAAACAGAGUUGCCAAUUAUUGAGUUUAUUGUUACGUUAUAGUGUAGGGGUUGUUGAGCUGAAGCAUGAUUCGGUCUAGGCAUGUACAUUUGAUUUUUUAUUG